UUGGGGGGCCGAGGGAGAGCCGUGGAGGAUGACUCAGCAGGGAGCUGCUCUGCAGGGUUACAAUAAUGAGCUAGUGAAAUGCAUCGAAGAUUUAUCUCUGCAAAAAGAAGAGCUGAACAAACAAAUACAGCAAGCAGAAGAGGAAAAGAAUAAGCUCCAGCAUCAAAUCCAAGUCCUGAAUGAGCAACUGGAGUGUGUAUGUGAAGACCUGGCCCAAAAGGUAGCGUCACGGAAUGAGCUUGAUAAAAUUCUUGCUGAAACGGAAGCUGCUUACAUGAAAAUUUUGGAUAGUUCUAGAACUUUGCUUAAUGUCCUGAAGAAGGAGGUGGGAAGUUUAAAGAGUACACCAGAACUGAAAAGCCAUGUAACCUGAAUCUGGCAAAUGUUUGGACUCUACAGUACUGAAAUUCCACUAGGUGAGAAAAUGUGGUUAGCCACAGAGCUUCCAACAGCAGUAUAACCGGAAGGGGACUCUACUCCAGUUUUUCCAUGU